AUGGCAGGGUCUGGGGAGACUUCUUCGGGCAACGGCGUGCAACUGGUGUGCGCUCAGCGGGGAUGGAAGACGUACCGCGUGCGUGGACAAGUUUUUGAGGUGGAGGACCGCUACACGCUGACAUCGGUCGCCGGCUACGGUGCCUACGGUGUGGUGUGCGGUGCGUUUGACAACAUCACCUUUCGUGAUGUGGCAAUCAAACGCGUUGGUCAUGUUUUUGAAGAUUUAAUCGAUGGCCGACGUAUUUGGCGAGAGAUAGUCAUUCACCGCGUCCUGCGGCAAAACGGCUGCCGUAACAUGCUGAACCUCACGCGCAUUGUCCCCCCUAGAGAUGGUAUCUCAGAAUUCCGUGAUUUAUACAUAGUUACUGAUCUUUAUGACACCGAUUUGCACGCAACCAUUCAUCGUCUGAAGAACACAUCCAUUGAGGGACUGCGGCGUGUCAUGGUGCGUGUGCUUCGCUGCUUGGCUGAUAUGCACUCGAUGGGGAUCAUUCAUCGGGACCUCAAACCCAGCAAUAUACUGUUGGGUGAUGAACCUGAUAGCGACAACGCCGUUGUGUGCGACUUUGGUCUCGCACGCGCUGGUGUUUUGGACCUAAAUGAACCACUUGACCUCACGGAUUACGUUGUCACCCGCUGGUAUCGUCCACCUGAGCUCCUGUUGAUGUGUCGGUAUGGCUUGCCCAUUGACCUAUGGGCGAUUGGCUGUAUCAUUGCUGAGUACUUGAUGGAGCGACCACUAUUUGGAGGCCGCGAUUACGUUCAUCAAAUGCAAUUAGUGAUUUCUAGCAUUCCUGUCACGGGUACAGAGUUCAUCGAGAGUGCCAGUCCCGGGGCGAUGGUGUUCCUGAAUGAUGUCGUGAAGAAGUAUAAGAACACGAGGCCACUAGAACAGGUGCUAGUGGCAUUACCACCUGACGGCCUUGACUUGGUGACGAAGCUUCUCGUUUUUGAACCAAGUAAACGAUUGACAGCGCUGCAGGCGCUUCAGCACCCAUUCUUCGAUUCUGUCGGUGGUGAAGGGACGACUGAGUGCACACAACCGCCAAAAAUGGACUUAUCAUUCGAUUUGCACGCUGAAAUAUCGGAGCCGCAGCUGCGGCGGGUCAUUUGGGCGGAGGUGAUGUACUAUCAGCUGCUUGAGGCAAAGGAGAAGAAAAUGAGCAGGUACCACUGA